UUGUUUACAUAGCCUUAUUGAAUUUAAAUUUGAGUUGUAUUACGUGAUAUGUUAUGAUUUUAAUGAACAGAAUAAAUAAGUUCGUAAAUCUGGAUACAGUGUAAGGAGUUGGCAAAUUAUCGAAAAUGGACCUUCCAAACGAGUUCGACGUAGUUGUUUUGGGGACAGGCAUGCCUGAGAGCAUUGUUGCUGCAGCAUUCUCCAGAAUUGGACAGAGAGUUCUUCAUUUGGAUAAAAAUGAUCACUACAGCGGAGACUGGGCCUCCUUUAACCUGAACAGUCUGGAAGAAUGGGCACAGAGACAUGCUGAAGGGUCAGCAAGCGUAGACUGCAUUGCACGACCAGCUGUGAAUGAUUCUGAGAUCCUAGAAAGCAAUGAACGUCUCAUUGAGAUGCCCUUGAACAAAACCUCCUUCUCCAAUGCUGUUGUAGAAUAUUUUGUCAGUGGCACAGAUGAAAAUAAUGAAAAGAUUGACGAAAAUCAACAAGAGGCUGGCAAGGAAACGCCUGACAUUCCUGAAAAUUUAGAGGCAAGGGUUGUUAAACCUGUAGAAAGUGAAGACCAUGGAAAAACUGAACAAUCAACACAUAAAGAUGAAUUAACACCCUCACAUAUUGAAAGCCAUCCAGGCCAGUCUAAACCAGAUGAUGUCACUGAGGUUAGUGAUAGACUUGCAGCAGUAGGAGUGGCCGUAAAGGAAGCAACGGAGAAUGGAGACGCCUCUAAUGCCACUUUGGGGAAAGCAGAUAAGCCUCAGAGUUCUGAAACUAUUGGUGGUGUUCAGCAAGAAAUAAAGGCUAGACUGUGGACAACAAGUAGAAUUAAAUCAGAAUGGAGAAGAUUUAACCUGGACCUUUCCCCAAAGGUUCUGUUCUCAGUAGGUGAUAUGGUUGAGCUACUGAUCCAGUCCGACAUUGCAAAGUACUGCGAGUUUAAAACAGUCACACAGAUACUCACUGUCAUGAAAGGAACUGUAGAGAAGGUGCCAUGCUCCAGAUCAGAUGUGUUUAGUAGCCAGUCUGUCAGUAUGCUGGAGAAACGGAUGCUUAUGAAGUUCAUACAGUUCUGUCUAGACUAUGAGAACAAAAUGGAGGAAUUGGGAGACGUUCUAGAUGCACCAUUCACUGAUUUCUUGGCUUCAAGAAAUUUGACACCAACAAUCCAGCACUAUGUUCAACAUGCCAUUGCCAUGGCUACUGAAUCCAUGGCAACCAGACAGGGUCUGCUGCAGAUGAAGAAGUUCCUGAAGAGCCUUGGUCGCUAUGGUAACACUCCAUUUCUGUGGUCACUGUACGGCAGUGGGGAAAUGCCUCAGAGCUUCUGCAGGAUGUGUGCUGUGUUUGGUGGAGUGUAUUGUCUGCGGACCACAGCAUCUGCCAUCACUGUGGAUGAGGCCAAUAGAUGCACAGGGAUUGUGACUACAGAAGGAAAGAAGAUAAAGUGCAAGUGGCUAAUAAUGUCAUCAAGUUAUGCUCCAGACCAGUUUCUGUCUAUAUCUGGAGACAAAAGGCUUGUAUCUGUAUCCCGUGGAGUGCUGUUGACAGAAAAAUCAUUGCUAACUACUGGCCAACAAGAGCAGCUGUCUAUGAUGUGUCUACCCUGCCCAGACGAUGGAGACAGACCUAUUAAUGUCCUAGAAUUGCCUCCGUCGAGCAUGGCUGCACCACCUGGACUGUAUGUCUACCACUUAACCCGGAUGGGCAAAAAAUCUGUCAGUCCCAAGGAUGAUUUGCAGUAUGCAGUCGAUACUCUAUUUAGCAAAGAAGAUUGCAAUGAGACUACGCCAAGGAUCCUGUGGUCAUUGUUCUUCACCCAGACAGACAUGUCACAAGUGUCGCCCAGUGCGUGUGUACCGGAAAAUGUGUUCUUGAUGUCUGGGCCUGGAGCCGAGAUUGAUAUCGACAGACCCGUCAGUGAGGCCAGAGAAGUCUUCAAAAAAAUUCUUCCUAAUGAAGAGUUUUUGCCAAAAGCUCCAAACCCAGAAGACAUUAUUUAUAUAGAUGACUCUGAGGCACAAGCUGCAUCUUCUAACAGCCAAUCGGAAUUUGAAGAAACAAGCAACAGCCAAUCAGAACCAAGCCUGAUUGAAGAUAGAGAAGAAUCUGAGAACCAGGCACAUGAUCGUCUAGUUGAAGAGCCUACAAAUUAAAGUGUAAAAGUGGAUAGUGAACAAGCAUGAGAUGUUUAUAAAAUGUGCUUAAAAUUCUGACCAUUGACACCCGUUAUAACUAUUUCUACCAAUACUCCUCAAGUUUGGACUGGUAUUCCAUACUUUAUUACCUUUCAGUGUAUAUUCCAGUAUGCUAUUAAUUUAUUUAUUUAUAAUAAUGUUGAUUUAACCUGUAGUUACUUGUGAACUUUAUUUUGGAGCCUUCAUUACAAGAAUGGAAACUAAGAAUUAUAUUAAUAAUAAGACAAUUUCAAAACUUUCGUGCAUUACGUCAAUGUCUGGUUAAUGUUUACUAGCUUCCACAUAGCCUUAUUUUCCCUCCCUCAUUCUGUAAUUCUGUACUAAAAUUAACCAGCUUGUUAAACAACACUUGGGAAACACAGUUCGAAAAUGAAAUUAACUUUUUUUGCAGUCUUAAAUAAAAUCAAAAGAUAGAAUAAUAUGUUAAUUAGCUGUUAUCUUGAGGUUUAUAAUUUUAAAAGAUGGCCAAAGGCUCUAUUGCGCUUACUUAAGACUCAAAGAAACUGGACUGUUUUCAGCAUGCAGAGUUAACAAAGUUUCAUUAAAGACUUGUAUGGGAAACUGUCCUAACAAAUGGAAACAAUCUCUUUUAACAAACCACAAUCUCAUUUUAGCUCAAAUAUCAUUACAACAGUUUUUGACCCCAUAUGACCCAGUUUCUUACUUGGCCAAGAUAUCAUUUAGAUUAAGACUAAUAAUCUGACAAACUGUCAUGAAGAUUGGGCAAUGAAUGAAGUUUCUCAAUGUGGCGACUGACUAAUGGGGUUGUUUACCCUCGGGACUUCGGUUACAAAACAUUGCCCGAGCACACUGCUUAACAUAAAAACUCUGCUGUAAAAAGGUCGUAUACGUCCAUAUGGUCAGCCCGAUUUUACUGGGCUUUACCAUGUAUACAUUAAUUUAUGAUACUUGGCAGUGUUGAUGCGGUGCUUCAAUAAAAAUCUAAUCAUUUUAUAAAUAUCUUUAGGUAUAACUGUUAAAGCGUUAUAAACGAAAUACUCAACAACAAAAAAUCUUUGCAUAUAUAACGAUGCUAAGAGAGCAGUUUUUCCAUUGGUGGACUUAUUUUUGAAUCAAUGGCGCUGAUUGGCUUAAAUUGCAUAAAUGCAUGGUAAAGACAAGUAGGUCAAUCCAUUUUGAUUCAAGAAAUUGUACAGUGGACGACCUUGACAUUGGAUUCAUUAUGUAAAACAAAGGUGUUAACAAGCUCAGUCUUCACGCUAACUAUAAGCCCGACAGCCCGGGACUGGUUAAAUGUUAAUCGGGCUACUACAAAUUAAUAAUUUAUAUAGUUGGGCUAUUGGAUUUUUUUGUCUGUUUCCAAUAAAGCAUCAUAAUUUGGGCUAGUGGUUAAAAUAUAUUACCGUGAAGACUGAAGCUUUUUCUUUAAUUUGACCUAGUUAGCUCCACUGGCCAGAGGCCAGCGGGGCUUAUGUCAUGGUCCUGUGUCCGUCGUGCAUGAGUCAGUGCGUGCGUGUGUUAACUUUUCCUUAAAACAUCUUCUCCUAAACUACUGGUCCAAUUCUGAUGAAAUUUCUCAGGAAUGUUCCUGGGGUGAAUCUCUUUCAAAUUUGUUCAAAUUAUGCCCCUGGGGUCAAAUUUGACCCUGCCCCGGGGGUCACAAAAAAUGAAAAUUUGCUUAUAUAAGGCCUAUUUUGUGAAAACUUUUAAAAUCUUCUCAUCCAUAACCAUUGGGCCUAGGGCUAUCAAAUUUGGUAUGUAGAGACAUCUAAUAGUCCUCUACCAAAUUUUUUUCAAAUUAUGCCCCUGGGGUCAAAUUUGACCCUGCCCCGGGGGUCACAAAAAUGAAAAUUUGCUUAUAUAGGGCCUAUUUUGUGAAAACUUUCAAAAUCUUUCGUCCAUAACCAUUGGGCCUAGGGCUAUCAAAUUUGGUAUGUAGAAACAUCUAAUAGUCCUCUACCAAAUUUCUUUAAAUUAUGCCCCUGGGGUCACAUUUGACCCUGCCCCGGGGGUCACAAAAUUGAACAUAUGCUUAUAUAAGGCCUAUUUUGUGAAAACUUUUAAAAUCUUUCUGUCCAUAACUGUAUGGCAUAGCGCUACCAAAUUUGGUAUGUAGGGACAUGUAAUAGUUCUCUUCUUAGUUUGUUCAAAUUAUGCCCCUGGGGUCAAAUUUGAAACUGCCCCGUGGUCACAAAAUUGAAUAUAUGCUUAUAAAGGUCUUAUUUUUUGAAAACUUUAAAAAUCUACUUGUCCAUAAACAUUGGGCCUAGGGCUACCAAAUUUGGAAUGUAGUGACAUCUUAUAGUCCUCUACCAAGUUUUUUCAAAUUAUGCCCCUGGGAUCAAGUUUGACCCUGCCCCGAGGGUCACAAAAUUGAACAUAUGCUUAUAUAAGGCCUAUUGUGGGAAAACUUUAAAAAUCUACUUGUCCAUAACCGUAUGGCAUAGGGCAACCAAAUUUGGUAUGUAGUGACAUGUAAUAGUUCUCUUCUUAGUUUGUUCAAAUUAUGCCCCUGGGGUCAAAUUUGACCCUGCCCCAGGGGAUCACAAAAUUGAACAUAUGCUUAUAUAAAGCCUAUUUUGUGAAAACUUCAAAAAUCUUCCUGUCCAUAACCAUCCGGCCUAGGGCUAUCAAAUUUGGUAUGUAGUGACAUCUUAUAGACCUCGACCAAAUUUGUUUAAAUUUUAUCCCUGGGGUCAAAUUUGAACCUGCCCCGGGGGUCACAAAAUUGAACAUAUGCUUAUAUAAUGCAUAUUUUGUGAAAACUUCAAAAAAUAUCUUGUCCAUAACCAUUAGGCCUAGGGCAACACAAUUUGGUAUGUAGUGACAUUGUAUAGUCCUCUACUUAGUUUAUUCAAAUUAUGCCCCAGGAGUCAAAUUUGACCCUGCCCUGGGGGCCACAAAAUCGAUUAUAUGCUUAUAUAGUGCCUAUUUUGUGAAAACUUUACAAGUCUUUCUGUCCUUAACCAUAAGGCAUAGGGCUACCAAAUUUGGUAUGUAGUGACAUCAUCUUAUAGUUCUCUUCCAAGUUUGUUCAAAUUAUGCCCCUUGGGUCAAAUUUGACCCUGCCCUUGGGGUCACAAAACUGAACAUAUGCUUAUAUAGGGCCUAUCUUGUGAAAACUUUAAGUCUUUUGUCCAUAACCAUUGAACCUAGCGCUACCAAAUUUGGUAUGUAGUGACAUCUAAUAAACCUCUUCCAAAUUUGUUUAAAUAAUACCUCUUGGGUCAACUUUGACCCUGCCCUGGGGGGGGGGGGUCACAAAAUUUAAUAAACGCUUAUAAAGCUCCUAUUUUGUGAAAUCUUUAAAAAUCUUCUAGUCGAAAACCAUUCAGACUAUGGCUACCAAAUUAGGUAUGCAGUAACAUCUUAUAGUCCUCUACCAAGUUUGUUCAAAUUAUGCCCUUUGGGUCAAAUUUGACCCUGACCCCGCUGGUCACAAAAUUGAACAUUAUAUACGCUUAUAUCUUGCUUAUUUUGUGAAAACUUUAAAAAUAUUCUUGUCCUUAACUCUAGGACCUAGGGCUACCAUAUUUUGUAUGUACAUGUAGUGAGAUAUAGUAGUCCUCUACAAGGUUUGCUCAAAUUAUGCCCCUGGGGUUAAAUUUGAUCCAGCCCAGGGGGUCACAAAAGUGUACAUGUGCUUAAAUAGGGCCUAUAUUUAAAUAUUUGCACAUGCAGAGAAUAUUUGUUUCAGCCUUUUUUCAGCAGUGGAGUGAUACAGGGCCAUCAUGGCCCUCUUGUUUUCUUUUACCCUACAAUGGACCAGUUUCAAACUCAGCCAAGAAGAACAAAUGUUAUGGAAAUGUUUGAUAAACAUUGGGCAAAUGUGGCUGGAAGUGGUCACAAGCUAUUCUUUAAUCUGCCCUGCCAGUAGUUUUUAACAACAGGUGACCCAGGUGUAAACUAGAACGAGAUAUCAUCAAGACAAAUCUUUGAAAUGUUAUGACCAGGUUUCAUGAAAAAAUAAAUAACAAUAACAUAUAAAUAACAGUGGCCUCUAGAGUGUUCACAAAUAUCGAUAAUGCAAAAGGAACAACAGAAAAAAAGGCUUUUCAUUUUAAAUCUGUGGAUAAACAUUCAAGAUUAACAGAAACUGUGGUUCUGCAAAUUAUUAAUUGGGGGUCAAAGUACAACUAAACAAGAGUUUAAGGUGCUCGGCUGCGAAAGCUUGUCAGAAU